AUACAAUAUAACUAUAAGCUACAAACAUGAAAAUAAUCGUAAAUACAAAAAUUUUAGUUUAUUGUGCAGUGACUGGGACUGUGCUUUGCGUAGUCGGAGUACUUCUUGGUUUUAAGGUGUUUCCAAUGCUUGUAAAUAAAAAAGUUUGGGAGAAUUCCGUUUUACAAGAAAAUACUCGUCAGUGGGACCUCUUUAAAAAAAUUCCGUUUCCAUUUCAAAUUAAAAUCUCCUUUUUUGAUGUUCAGAACGCAGAUGAGAUACUUCAAGGAGCAAAACCUGUUGUUAAAGAAGUUGGACCUUACAUUUACAAAUUGUUUCGCUGGAAAGAUGGCAUAGAAUGGAACGAUGAUGAAAUAUCGUAUUAUGAUUACAUGAAGUUUGAAUUUGAUAAAGAAGCUUCUGGAAAAUUAUCAGAUGAAGACGUUUUGACUAUUCUUAAUUCCCCUUUUAACGCUUUGCUUAUGACUGUCGAAGAACUAUCAACUUCGCUCUUGGCCACCGUCAACGAUGCUCUGCCAAUAAUUUUCAACAAAAACAACGGCCUUUUCAUAACCGCAAAAGUAAAAGAUUUACUAUUUGAAGGAAUGAUAAUUUGCGAAAAUGGAGGUGAAAGCGAUUUUGCAGCAAAAAUGAUAUGCGGGCAAUUCAAAGCCAAAGCUAAAGUCGCCAAAGGCAUGUCCAUCGUUAACAAAUCUAUAAAUUAUUCAUACCUAAGUUUUAAAAAUAACACUCAUCUUGGACGAUUAACAAUUAAAAGCGGCUUAAAGGAAAAAGAAGACAUUUCAACUUUGGUAAAAUAUAAUAAUCAAAGUUACGUUUCCGUUUGGAGGGAUGAUAACUCAGUUUGCAAUGAUAUUAAAAGUACUACGACGUUUCGGCCUUAUGUAACGCCAAAUAUGACAUUUGAUGUGUUUUCCGAGGACAUCUGCAGACGUUUAAAAAUGGCAUAUCAGUCCACAGAAACCGUAAAAGGAAUACAAGGAUAUAAAUAUGUUGUAACGAAUGAUUCUUUCAAUGCUCCGAGAGAAAACACAGACAAUUAUUGUUACUGCGUUAACCGGAGUAGAACAUUGGAAGGAGAUUUCGGAUGCUUACAAGAUGGUCUUUUGGAUAUGACAAAUUGCGUAGGUGCUCCUGUUCUUUUAUCUUUUCCACAUUUACUCUAUGGUGACAAGAAAUAUUUAGCUUCAGUUGAUGGUCUACAUCCUGAUCCAAAACUACAUGAAACUUUUGUUAUCCUAGAACCGACUUCUGGAGCUCCCUUGCAAGUAGCUAAAAGAGUUCAGUUUAAUAUGUUUAUUCGGGCUAUUGAAGACAUCACAAGUAUUGAAAAUGUAACAAAUGCACUUGUCCCCAUAUUUUGGCUAGAAGAGUCGAUGACAUUAGAUGACCAAUACAUCAACAUCAUAAAACAAACUUUACUCAACAAUUUGAAAAUUUUGGAAAUAAUCAAGUGGAGUUUGAUUGGAGUGGGAGGUGCAGUUAGUUUAGUUUCUUUACUUCUCUUUGUAAAUAAAAAUUAAGUUUAUUAUUUAUUUUCUAUCAAUUAGUGUUGUGUACAUUAAUUUUACUUGAUAAAAAGUGCUUGCAAAAAUAUUAUAAUAUAUGUAUUAAUUAUAAAAUUUUUAGUUGUACUUAAUUAUCUCUUAUUUGAACAAAAUAACGCUUAAUUUA